AUGUAUCUUAGUUUUAAAUCACUCUUUAUAACUAUUUAAAAAUAAAAAAUAGGAAGAAAUGGAAGUAUUUUUUUGAAGAAUCAAAAUCUAAAUUUUGGCUAGCAAUUUAAAUCAUUUUUAUAUCUGUUACCAUAUAUAUUUUUGAUUGUAUUUUUUUACAACUAUUUUGAAAAAUCCUCAUGUGACUUGAUUUAUUUAUGUUAAGAACUACCAUUAAAAUCAAAUUAUGAAUAUAUCAAAUUAAUAUUUAGGGAAACUAUUUUGUUUACAACCAUAGAUUCAUUUUUAAUUUACUCACUUUUAAUAUGUUUUUGGAUUCAUAUUUCUCUACUUAUAACACUAUAAAUUAGUUUGUAGAUAUGAUUUCAUUUAAUUUUAGCUACAUACUGAUAUCUGAAGAAGAGAUUAAAGAAAGAGAUAUAAGCUUAAAAUACCUAAAGUUACCUUAGAUAACUAUUGAUUAUAAAUAAAUAAGAGAACAAUCUUAAUCAAGCUUUGUAGGUUGA